GAAGGAUUUCGACAUGGGAAGCCUGCGAAAAACAGAAGAAAUACUAUUUGUGAAAAUCGGAGAAAUCAGGUGACGCGAUUCCGGGUUUAUUUUAUUCUUCUGCGGAAUAUUGAGAAACAGGUGGAAGAGAAGAGCAGGAUAAAAGAUGCCGUGGGAUCCUCUGGCGUCAUCACUGUCCACCCCGAGCAGCAGUUACCAGCUGCACCACCACCACCUCCACCACCACCACCACCACCAGAGCCCCCUACUAAUGCCCAGCCCUGUUCUGACGUCAAUCGCGAGCAGUUCCCUUCGCAGCAACCCGGGGUCUAAUUACAACCGCGGUCCACCUCAGUUCUCAUCAUUAUCAUCAGCCUCCUCUUCUUCUUCUUCAUCGUCUUCCCCGUACUACUCCUCUCCUCGUUUAAUGCCUUCCCGUUACACCUCGUCCACACUGCCCACGAUUUCAGAGUCCUUCAUGGUGGGAGCGUCGGCGAUGAGAAAGACGCCUUCGUCAAACUACGCCCGCUACAUCAUGUCGCCGGUGCCGCCUUCGCUGCUGGCGGCCACUUCCGCCACUCCGCGGCCAUUUCGCAACAGCUACGAUUACACGCAUCCGGGGAACGUGAUGGUGUGUCAUGAUUAUCAACCGAGUUCCGUGCAUUUACCACCGACGAGCACCAGUGGUGGUCUGAGCUUGGGGUCUUCUGCUGCUUCGUACCACGAUACGAUCUCUAUCCCGACCAGCAGCAGUUCCACUGCUGGGAUCAGUACUAGGAUCCAUCCCGUGGUGUCACCGCAGUUAUCCAUGAACAUUCCUUCCAUGUCAUCAUCAUCGUCUUAUUCUGCACCAAAAGAAGACCCCAACUCUGGCAUCAUGAGCCCCGUUCGCGAAGGAAGCCCCAACAACAACAACAACAACACCAACAACAACGAAUCCAGCCCAGCCGGGAUGUUGCAGCGAAAAAUGACGUAUGGGACGAUUCGCCGCGGGCGCCCCGUUGUCCGAGUCCUCACGUCCAAACUCACCCCGGACACCGAAGCUCCAGCAACUCGUGUCCGACCCCAAGCAUCAGCCAUCCCCUCCAGUCUUCCUUUCGUCCUUCCCGGCAAAAAGACCCCCGGUCAAAGACUGCAAGAAAAAUGGCGCAUCAACACCCGAAAAUCCAAAAAGUACAAAGACAUGUACACGUCGCGAGGCUACUUCCAACCGACUCCUGCAACCCCCGUUUUUUCCGCGUCUCCCAUGAAAGAGGAAGACGACAGUGGAGAUGAGGAAACGGAAGAAGAAGAAGAAGAAGACGACGACGGAGACACUGGGAAAAGACAGGAAGAGGAGAAGAAAGAGGAAGAGAAUGCUUUACUGGAGCUUUUAAUCGCAGAAGCUGAAACCAGAACAGACCUUUACGAAGACGAACUUGAGUACCAACCUGCUUCUCCUCCGGACACGGGCGAACAAACAAGUCCCCCUGAGUCUAAAACACCCCGCGAAAAAGAAGAAAAAGAAAAGGCCAAUGAAGAACAAGAAGAAGAAACAGCGGAAGAGUUCAUUUUAUCCCCGGCUGUUCUCGGAAGAAGAAAAAGCAGUUCCCAUCAAAUCCACCACCACCCAAACGUGACCAAGCAAGGUCGGAAAAAGUCCCUGGAGAACCCGGAAACCCCGUCUUCUCCCACCUCGCAAGCCAAAGAAGAACGCAUACUGAAAUCUUACAGGAAAACGCCUUCCGGAAAACUGUCUUCACUCAUCUCGGAAAUCAGCGAGGCUUCAUCCGAAGCUGCAACCACUGAAAGGAAACCAUCAGAACCCAAAGAAGAACCAGAGCCCAUAAUAAAAGAGUCACCAUCGGAAAUCGCAAAUCGGACUUCCACUCGCCGACAGUCCGUUAGCCGCAACAAGAAAACCCCUGUCACAAAAGACAUCAUUUGGGAGAUCGAAAAGGCCCCGAGUUCUUUGAUUCCGGCGGUCAUUCCGGAAGACGAAGAAGAACCCGGUACUACUGCUGCUCCACAAGCACCACCAGUGGUACCUGCUUGGAAACAGCAAUUGCUCAAGAAAAAGCUGGAAGGGGCUCAGCCUGGGAAAGGAAUUGCUGCUGCUGUAAGAACAGCUGGCAACAAGGCAGCCAACGAAAAGUCAGUUGCAGAAAGGAAAAUGCUUUGGGCUUCGAAUAAUCCUGUAGAACCAACUACAACCACACCGAAACCCGAGGUUCCGGAAAAUCUCAUCCCCAUCGUCAAUAAAACGGCAGUUUUUCAAAAAGCAGAAGAGAAAGAACCAAUAAACCCUGCUCUAAACUUAAUCCCUGCAAAAUCUGCUACUGAAAAUAAGUCAAUGCCACAAGGAAACGAAUUGAAACAAAUAACCAAAACCGUCAGUAGCACUUCAGACGAAAAAGCACCUCUGAAAGUCAUCGAUGAAGCGAGUAAACCAGCCAUUUUCGACAAGAAAAAUGAAGUAAAAUCACCUCAACAGGAAACAUUCCUGGCAACCCAAAAAAGCGAUGAGACCGUCAACCAAAAAUUAACAAAACAACUUGAGCCUGUGAUCGAGAAAUCUGCAACUGAACAACCCUUGAACCGAUUGAAUAAGGAUGAAGUUCUGCAACACAAAAAGCCAAACGAUGAGUGCUCCAAAAUGCCGAAACAAAAAGAUGAAGACUCAAUUAGACAUCCAGAGGUCAAACAAAAGUUACAGUUUCAAGAAGCAGACGAUUUGAAUAAGGAAAAAGAAGCGCAGAAAUCUUCGACGGAGUCAAAAUCUCGAGCUAAUCCUGAUUUAGCCAAAAAGUCAAGCGAAGUGCAUGAAAUUAAACAGAAGAGUUUAGCUGUGAUUGGAAAAUCGACAGGCCGGGAAAUUACGAAGCAAUCUGAAAUUCUGACCCAAAAAAUCGACAAGGAACCGAAUUUUCAAACAAAAACCGACAAUAUUACCAAGAAACCAACCAAAGAAAAAUCCCCGUGUCCGCUCAAAUCUCAAGCUGAAGCUGUGAUUCAGAAACAACCCGAAAGCAAGCCUUUGAAGCAAUCUGAAGUUAUUCCCGAAGUUUUGAAGAAGCCAGAAAAAGAACCUUGCUUACAAAAGAAAACGAACGUCGUUCCUAUCAAACCAAUGAAGACAGAAACGUCUAGUCAGCCGAAACCUCAAGCCCAAAUUUUGCCUCAAAAGCAGCCGAAAAAAGAAGAAUCUUCUCCACCGCAGAGGACAGAAGGUGUAAUUGGAAAAUCCCUCACGACAGAAAAGAAAGCUGAAGUUGAAAACCCAGAAAUAAAACCUGAAAUUGUAACGCGUGCGACAGAAAGCAGAAUCGAAAAAUCGAAAACACAAAAUAAUAAAGACACCUCAUCAGUAAAAGGAGAAGAAGUUGAAAUGAAGCAUCAAGCUCCAGCGAACAAAGCUCCCGAUCAGAAACGUCAAGAUGAAUCAUCAACAUCGAAAAAGGCGCAAAAAAAUAUCCUGACGAGAUGUGACCAAAAGGAAGAGCACAUUAUUCAGGUUGCCGAAGUUGCACCAGAAAAACAAACGCUUUCGCAGAGCAAAAACGCAACUGAACCUCUCUCAAAAUCGGCGCACAAAUUGACAUCAUCAUCAAAAAUGUCUCCCAAAUUACCAAAUUCCGUCACAUCAAAAGCGCAAAAUUCUGAAUCUGUUGUGCCUACGGACACAAAAAUUAAAGAGGCACAAAAAAUACUGGAUUCGACGUCAGGACCCGCUGAAGGACAGCAAGAUUCAUUAAGAAAGCCAGAAGCCAAAUCAUCGUCGUCUGUUUAUUCUUGGAAAGCAGCUUCACGCAAGAGCACCAGUUCGGCAUCCUCAAGAACAACCAUGUCCGAUGAUGACGAUGAAGAAGACGAAGAGGAAACCUCUUCGGAGGCAGAGACCACAACAGAAGAAGAAGGUUCAGUGGACAUCAGCAGAACCAUCAAAACAAAGGAGGAGGAGUUUUUGCAACGCGGAAUUGCAGUUCCUAUGCCUGCCCCGCGAAGACCCAAGUUCCGCAAAUACUCCUCCGAGGAUUUCGUCUUCCUCAAGAUCAUCAAUCAAUUCGACAAACGCAACGUGCAAAAUAAUCCUUCAAUCUCGAUUCCGGUUUUCGGAAGACCGUUUUUGGCACCUUCACUAACCCUUGUAGAAUACCUGAAACCAGUGGAUCAAAAUUGA